CAAAACGAAAUAUGUUAUUAAUGUUGUCUGUCUUACUAUAGUCAAAUUAUUUUUAGUUUUAAAUUGUAGUGUUAAUUUGUGACAAAUUUAUAUAAAUUUUAAAAUUAAAAAAUAAUAUACGUGUUUGCAAAAUUUACAUUGCUUUCAUUUGUAAAUUAUUUGAAUCAUUAGUUUAAGUAUGGGUAAACAAUUUGUGGAAGGAUGGUCUGUAGUUCAAGUGUUAGGUGAAGGUGCAUAUGGAGAGGUACAAUUAGUUAUCAAUAAUAGUACAAAUGAAGCAGUUGCAGUAAAACAUCUUGAUACAAGAAAAGAAGCUGCUGCUGCAAGCAAUAUACAAAAGGAAGUUUUUAUUCAUCGAAGAUUAAAUCAUGAAAAUAUUAUUAAAUAUUUUGGACAUCGAGAAGAAGGACCUAUCCAUUAUAUAUUUCUUGAGUAUGCUGCUGGAGGUGAACUAUUUGAUCGCAUUGAACCAGAUGUUGGCAUGCCUCAUCCAAAGGCUCAAAAAUAUUUUCUUCAGAUAAUAAAAGGAGUAGAAUAUUUGCACUCAGUGGGUGUAACACAUAGAGAUCUGAAGCCAGAAAAUAUCCUAUUAGAUGAGCAUGAUAAUGUCAAAAUUUCUGAUUUUGGCUUAGCUACAAUUUUUCGUCACAAAGGAAUUGAAAGAAUUUUGCAGAAUAGAUGUGGAACAUUACCUUAUGUAGCACCUGAAGUAUUUUUCCGAAAAUACAAAGCAGAACCGGCAGAUGUAUGGAGUUGUGGUAUUUUAUUGGUUGUGAUGCUUGCAGGUGAGCUUCCUUGGAAUGAAGCAACUAGUGAUUGUAAAGAAUUUAUAUUAUGGAAAGAGUCUAGUUACUCUAUAACUCCAUGGACUAAAAUUGAUAAUCUUGCUUUAGCAUUGUUAACUAAAAUAUUGUGCUAUUCACCUUCAAAGAGGUAUACUCUUAAAGAAAUUGAAAAUCAUCUAUGGUGUAAGAAACUUCUUAUACAUGAAGAAACCACUCGAAUUGUAGCUGAUACUCCAGCAUACAAACGAUUGUGUUCAGAUGUGGAACAACCAUGUGUUUUGAGGGAAGACAGUGUUUCUAAAAUGUCCUAUUCACAGCCUGCUCCUCUUCUUAGAGAAGAUAAUAGUGACAGUUUGCCUAAGGAUAUUAGUGGCAUUACCAUUGGGUACAGUUUCUCCCAACCUGUUGAUCCUGAAAAUAUGAUAUUGACAUCACAGUUCUCUUCAUCUCAAAUGGUUUCAAAGACACCAUUGCCAAUUGGUACCAGAUUAACAAGGUUCUGUAUUGGAAUGGAUAUUGAAACUGUAUAUGAAGAAAUUACAAAAGCAUUUGAAAAGCUUAAUUACAAUUGGAAGCAUAGUGGGAAACAACAGAUGACAGUUACUACACAGGAUAGAAGAAAAAUGCACCUAAUUUUCAAGGCAAAUCUGAUUCCUAUGAAAGAAAAAAUUCUCAUAGAUUUUCGGCGAUCAAGAGGAGAUGGUAUUGAGUUCAAGCGUCACUUUCUGAAAAUCAAAGAUGCUCUAAUUAAAAUAAUUGAUAAAGAAACAUUUGUUGGAUCUCUACCUACUAAAUGAGAUAUAUAUAUACUUAUGUGUAUAUAUACGAUUAUACAUAACAAUUUUAAACAUGAAUUUCAUUUGCCGCCAAAGAUGGAAGUUACUAUUUCAUGUGUAUAACCAUUUUCAUAAUAUUUUUAUAGAAAAGAUUGUAUACUUUUUUAUUAAUCUGUCGUACUGCAAUUUAUGUGCCACUCAUCGUAUAUGUGUACUUAUUUUUCAACAAAGGUUUUAAUGAGAAAAUAUAUUUGCUUUGUUCUCUUUGUGCAUUUAUAUACAUAUAUAUUUUAAUUCUUGAAAGUUCAUUCA